AUGGGUUGUCCAAGACUUCCAACUACGCCGGGAGGAACAAUAAGGACAGUUUGUGGCUGGGUAGAAUUCAUUGAUGAGCUCUGCCUGCCAGUAAUCUCCGGGACCGCCUUGAUAAUGAAUGGCCUAACUGUAUCAGCCACAUAUCUAGUGACUAAAUUGCCUAGAUCAUUAUGCUGUUCUUCCAUGAUUCUUCUCAUAAUAGGGAGUAUAACCGGAUUCGGUUCCAAUUGCUUUCUCUGUUCUUCAGUAAGGUGCCUGGGAAUAUCCAUCCCUCUUGCUUGUCCUUAUUCUACCAUUGUUCAUCCAUUCGACGACUCCGCCUAUGUCACCCGCUCCACAGUAGGAUUCAGGGCGCCGCUUCUCCCCCAUCCCUCCCCCAACGCCACCCUCGACGACGACGACGACAACGACGCCGUUGCCGCCCCCUCCUCCUCCGAGGACAAAGUGGUCCAUAUCCCCUGGCUUGAAGAGCUUCGGAAGCUUCGCGUUGCUGAGCUCCAGCAGGAGGUCCAACGCUAUGACGUAUCCAUCCCGUCCUUGCAGUUGAAGGUGAAGAAAUUGGAAGAAGAGAGGGAAGAGAGCUUGAGGGAGAAGCAUCAUAAACCAAAUAUGGCUGAGGAUUCCAAAGGCGAUAGAUCAGUUAAAGACAAAAAGGACAUCGGGGAGGAGUCGGGCCGCCGAGAGGCUCUUGCAAGAGAAGGAUCUUCUGGUCAAGGCAGAGAGGCUCUGGCUCUGGCUCGAGCUCGAGGGAGGAGACGUCGCAGCGAGCUUGGGCAGAAACAGAGACGAGAGGUUGAAGGGCAAGAGCAUCCUGGAAGGUGAACUGAUUGCAGAUUCGGAGCUCUUGGCGAGCUUCACAAAGGAGUUGGAGGAAGAGAUGGUUCCACGAGUGGUCUGGGUUGCGCGACCGGAGGUCAGGCGUUUGAGAGUGCGACUGCGCCGUUGCGCGACCGAAGGUCAGAAUGACAACCUCUUCCUCCUCCAUUUGUUCAAACGGCAAAUCAUCUCACAUCCACAUAAAAUCCCAGAUCAAACCCCAAAAGCCAUAGAGAGAGAGAGAUUCCGAAGCAGGUGAU